AUGGCCAAGGACAAACCAGCUGUCGUUUGCGUUUUCUGCGGCUCCAGUCCAGGCAAUGACCCAGUCCAUCUCGAGGUAGCUCGGGCUCUAGCCUACGAAUUUCACGAUAAAGGUGUCCAACUCGUGUAUGGGGGUGGCACUACAGGUCUAAUGGGUGAGAUUGCCAAGACGUUAGUCUCAUUGUCCGGACCGAAAGCUGUGCAUGGUAUAAUUCCGCGCGCCUUAGUUGAAGUAGCCGCGAGAAACGGUGCUGGCGAAGGCGGGUUUGCGUCUGCCACCGCAGGAGGCAAGGCUGCCGAGCGAGUAGUCUCGGAAACGUUAGUUGGAAACGAGAUACCAGAAUCGAAAUUCGGCAUCACGACAAUCGUGCCCGAUAUGCAUACGCGCAAGCGGCUAAUGGCAACGAAGGUGCUCGAGGGCGGACCUGGGUCUGGGUUCGUGUCAUUGGCUGGCGGAUAUGGAACAAUUGAGGAGGUCAUGGAGAUGACAACGUGGAACCAGUUAGGUAUCCAUCGUGUUGGUAUUGUGUUAUUGAAUAUCAAUGGCUACUGGGAUGGUCUUCUGGCGUGGGUGCGCGCCGCCGUUCAACAGGGUUUUAUCAAUGGCGGGAAUGGCGCUAUCCUGACGGAGGCACAUGACGUGAAGGACGUGUUGGUCAAGCUGGCUGAAUAUAAAUGCAGCUCUGACCGGUACCAAUUGAAGUGGGGGGAGGAAUGA